CACCACAUUUUUUAUUUUAAGAAAUGUUAGAUUGAAAGAGUGAUUGUGUUGCUGUGGAUGAAAUAUUUACAGUGAUGGUGACAAAGGGACAGAUUCAGAGAGGCCAUGGGCACAGAUGAGCUCAUUGUUGGAACAGGGAUUUCCACAUUUCCAUGUCAGUGUGCCCCAUGCCAUGACACAGAGCUCAAAAACAAGAGGGGAGAGGAAAGGGGCGCUCACAGGGCAAACAGUCAUCCACUAACAUAUUAGGCACAGUGAACACACAUACAUACACCCCACUUUGACAUAAAGAAAAUAUGGGCCGCGGUUGAUCGACAGCAUGUCAGUGGAAACAUUCAGCUGAGUUCCCGAUACACACGAGAAACACUGGCCUUCUGGUUUGGAUUGUAGUUUUAUCUUCACUUCAUUGUUUUUUAAAGAUACACACUCACACACACAUCCAUGUCUCUGGAUUACAAUGCAGUCCAGUACAGUUUGGUAAGCUACAAAACAAACAAACACACCAGCCAGGGCAGAAAACAAAAGUAGCAUGCACACACACAUUUUCUUUUUUUCUUUUUUUUUGGCAAAUGCAUUCAGGCAUGCACAAAGUGGAAUGGUUGGCAGUAGUCACAUGGAAACACAAAGCAGGCUAGCAUACAAGGAAGGACACACACACACACACACACACACACACACACACACGCACACAAACUCUACCUCUAUUCUGUCAACAGGGCUUGGCCUGCACGGUUUCCAUAGCAACCACGCCCCUCCCUUUGGCUUGCAGGGGAGGUGUUUUGAAAGUUCACAGCGUGUGUGUGUGUGUGUGUGUGGGGAGAGAGAUAGACAGAGAAGGGGCGUGGAGGCUGAAUUAAGUCCAAGAAAGUAAAGCAGUCAGUCUCCAGUAGUCAGCUGCAGCAGGUGACAGCAGUCCAACCACCACUACACUCUUCUAGUCGUGUUUCGCUCCAUUCCAGCGGGACCUCUGACCACCUGUGGAACAUGGAAGAUCGCGCGUCCCACGCCGAGCUGAACAGCAGCGUCUCCGGCAGCACCCACACCAUCCCCCCGCUGCAGCUGUCCGACAACACGGAGCUCCUCACCCCGAGCUUCAGCCCGUCCUCUGCCCCGUCCUCCCCGACCCCGACCGGCACCCUGUCCCGCAUGGGCUUCAAGGGUCCCACCAGCCCGACCGGGGCCGUGCCGGGCAGCCCCACGGGCGGCCAGGUGAGCGCCAUCACCGUGGUGGCGCUGCUCGACAAGCUGGUGAACAUGCUGGAGGCGGUGCAGGACAACCAGCAGCGGAUGGAGCAGCGGCAGGCCGACCUGGAGGGCGCCGUGCGGGUCGUGCAGGGCGACGUGACCCGCCUGUCCAAGACACACGUCAGCACCUCCAACAGCGUCAGCAAGCUGCUCGAGCGCUCCCGCAAAGUCAGCGGGCACCUGAAGGAUGUGCGGGAGCGCAUGGAUAAACAGGCGGUCCAGGUGAAGAAGCUGGAGGCCAACCACAGCCACCUGCUGAAGAGGAACCACUUUAAAGUGAUCAUCUUCCAGGAAGACAACGAGAUCCCCUCCACUGUGUUAGUCAGGGACUCCCUCAAGACCCCACAACCAAGCCAGUACGAUGCAGAAUCCAACUUUCCUGCCCCCUCUGUUACCGGCUCUAUUGAUGGCCGCGCCCAUGAGGAGGGUCUUCAGACCAUCAGCCUGUCCUCCGAUGACGAUGAUCUUACGGUGCACCACGAGGAGGACGAGAUGUUUGACGGCGAGGGCUCAAUGGAUCCGGGCACUUCCCGCGGAUUCGAGAGAAGGGCUGACAAGUUCAAGCGCAACAGCCUAAAGAAGGUGGAUAGCAUCAAGAAGGCCUUCUCGCGUCAGAGCAUCGAGAAAAAGGUGAACCAGAUCACCACCAAGAUCGUGCCACCGGAGAAGCGCGAGAAACUCAGGAAGAGCCUCACCCCUAACCAUCCCAAGAGCCCGACUGCCAAGUCCUCCACUUUCAAGGUAUCUCCCAUGACCUUCAACGUCAAGAAGGUCAGAGACGGGGAGACCCCCACGCAAGACAUGGGCUCACUCGGGGAAGAAGCCCAUGUAGAGAUCCCUGCUCUGGAAAGCUUAGAUGCGGAGUUCCCCUUGGCAGAGGUGCACACCCAGGGAAGCGUUGAGGAGCAGUUCCAGGAGAUUCUGAGUCCCUCCACCCCAGAGAGCUUGAAGGCAGAGCUGGCAAUCAAUGGAGAGGCACAGAGCAUCGAGUGUGAGGUAAACGGCAGUCGUUCUGCUGGCCUGGCAGUUCCAGAGCUUGAUGAAGAUGUCGGCGAGGAGGAAGAAGAAGAGGAGGAAGAAGAAGAGAAAGACAAAAGCCCUGUUGAGACAGCAGCAGAUGCCCAGAUUCCCACAGCAACAAUUGCUGUAGAGCAAGUGUCUUAAUAUGAUUUGAUUUUAGUGAGCAUCUAUUCUAGUUUCCCAUUCUUUCUUUUCUUGCUCAAAUUUCUACAGUCAUGAACAUCCAGCAGGCACAAAUUAUCCCUCCAUUGCAAACCUUGCAGUCCUUUGUUCUCGUCACAAACAACCACUAGAAACACACUCGGCUUCCUAAGGUAGUCCAUCCUUGGACCAUUCCUGCAACACUACCUUUGAUUAUCACCAGCUUAGCCCACAAACCUUGACACAGACUGUACAAGCAACUAGGUUAACAACUAGAUCUAACAGUGUAUCAGAAUCCAGUGCAAGUGCUUCCUAAACCGUGUAGCAGGGCUGUCCAAAGAAAGCACCGAUGUACCAUAACUCACUCCCAUUAAACUGGUGCCCACCUCCUCAAUAGCAGCCCAUCUCCAGGGCGCUGGGCCAACUAUCUCCCUACUGCUGUGUUUGUCUGCCUCUGGAGCUCUCUUCCUCACUGACAAAUAGCCCGUUCGUUCUUUGUGUUUUUUAGUGUGAAAAAUAGUAAAUCUUUGGCAACAGUGGUGCUGCCCACAGCCUGUUGAGGCAGUGUGUUGCCAGGCUGUGCAAGAGUUGGAAUGGGGAGUUUCAGGGUUUUCAGUGCAAAGGUCCUGGGGUGUUUUGUUGUGAACUAGAAGUUGUUUACUAAAUUCUUUGGACUUGUGCUGAAAAAGCCCAGAUCUUAAAUAAUAACAGGUGGCUAUUACUUCAGUAGUGCGAGUGGCGCUGUCUUGCCUCCUGUCCUUCACCUGCGCUUGUCAAAUUGUUUAUUACUUCCAUAAGGAGAUCCAAUUAAUCAUUUCUGAUUUUAUCAUAUGACCUACCUACAAUACCACAUGAGUUGCAUACGGUACAUCAAAAUAUUUUUAAUUGGUGUUUGCCAAUUGAGUAACCUCCAGGCGCUGAUUUGAAAUUAGAAUAGAUGGCGUUUGAAAGAGUCUCAAUGUUCUUGUGAAUCACACUAAUCAAUAGUCUUAAAGGGGACCUAUUAUGCUCUUGUGCUUUUUCCCUUUCCUUUAGUCUGUUGUAUAUUUUUUAUGUGCAUGUAAAAGGUCUGCAAAGUCACAAUGUCCAAAGUCCACGCAAAAAGGAGUUACUCUCCUCCACAGAAACACUGCUCUUGAACUGCCUGAAACGCCUCGCUUGAAGUCCUGCCUUUUCUUCGUGGUGAUGUCACCAAGUAACACAUCUGCAAAAUAGUUAGUUAGGCAUGUUCUCAAACGAAGCUAGUUAGAGCGGAGCUGGAGCGGAGUCUGAAGAGUUUGGUUCAGUUGACCUAUCACAACAGAGUGGACCAGCUGACUGGGCUUUUUGUAGGUGGGGCAGGGGGCAGGAGCUCAAACCGAGCGUUUCCGACAGAGGAUUAAAAGAGGUGCUGCAGCACAGCCGGUAUGAGAAAAGUAAAGCAUUUUGAACAUUAGAGCAUGUAAACAUGUUCUAGUAGAAACCCAAAAUACAAGUACGCACCUGAAAAUAAACAUAAUAGGUCCUCUUUAAGAAAGGUAAAAGAAAGGUAAAAGAUCAACUUAUUUGCAAAUACCAGUUAACAUGGUUGUGCUUACCUACACUGAUGCAAAUGAAGGACAUCGUUGCAGGAUAGAAGCUACUGUAUUAUGCCUAGAAAAACGAGUGACACAAAGAACCCUGCAGGUUUUAAUACUUACAUACUAAAUGUCCCUUUCACAGCCCUUUGUCUAAUCUGCGGGACAACUUUGUAUGUUUAUGUACAGGAAUUAUUUUAGUUUUUUUCUAUGUGAGGCACACUACUCCCUAGGUAUUAACAGCUUAAACGCCAUAACAUAGUAACUUUAUGAUAACUGCCAUGAGUGUGUGUACUUUAUACAGUAAAUGUAUCUGUGAAUUUGUUUGGAGUUACUAUAUGAUACUUGGGUGUUUGUAAAUCGUCUUUUUCUUUAAGGCAUCCAUAACUUGCAUGGUGAAAUGUUUACUCAGCUUCAUAUGUUCAAGACAUAAACACUGUAUUUUACAUUUGCCAGGGCACCAUCACUAAAUCCCCUCCUCCUACACACAUGCACACACUCCUACUGUGCCUUUUACCUUGCACAAGCUAGUAUGAGUAAUGCAGUCCUGAAGGGACGGAUUGUUUUUGUAGAUACAAGUGAUAGUAAAACACACCUGAAGUUUUUUUGUUCUUCUUCUUCUGAGGAAUUCCUUGCAGCUAACACUUUAUGGAGCAAAGUCGUGGGUUUAUACCAAUUACAUAAAAACUGAGAACGUUUCAAGUUCAAAGGAGGUGCAAAUUCAUUCACAAUCCACUUUUUGUUUGGAAGUAAUGCCUGAUAGUUUCAAAAAGUGACCCUCCUCUUGUUACACGUUGUUAGGGCUAUACCAGCCUUAGUUACAGAUAUCCAAUGCCAUGACUCCCUAAAAAUAAUCCAGCAAGUGAUACCAGGUGCCAGAUACUAGAGAGGUCACAGAAGUGGAUAAAGGCGGAGGACAGCAUUCCUAGCUUUGACGGAUGACUCUUGCUCAGCCCAUUUUUCAUGCUCUUGGCCUCCUUGUUGAGAUGGUGCGAAGAGAGGACGACUCUCUCUGGAGCCACAGGUGUUCUGCCCCUGUGGAGGCUCCUGGGCAUGAGCAUGUAGUGGAAAGGGGACAUGUGUGGGUGUUGGGAAAUGUGGGAAAAGGACUUCAGUUGGAGAGGAUGAUAAAGUAGCCUUGGGGUUAGGCAUAUGUAUGUAAAAUUGUGAGUGAAAUGCAUUCGACCUUGGGAACUGAAAUACGUUGUAGGGGGUAUACAUACCAAUAUCUGGCACUGCAGGAUUCCAUUACCUGGACCCCACUAUGUCCAUUAUACUUCUUCUAUAUAGGCAUAAAUUCUUAACUUCUUAAAGUCAAAAUAUAGUGCCCCAAAUAUUUGAUGUCUUAUUUAUGCAAAAGAAGUCAGAAAAGUAGUGCACAUGAAAUAGCAGAAAUAUUUUCAACUGUAUGUAAUUCAUGCGUUACAAAAAUUAACCUGCCAAUUUUGCUCAAUGGGAUCUGUAAGGAGAAAAUAAAUAAAUAGACAUAAAUGAUUUUAAAGAACUUGUUACCUGUGUUUAUUAAAUAUGCGUAGUCAUUCUGAGUAUUUUUUUCUUUUGAAUUCUUCUUUCUAGUCAUUUUACUGAAAAGGGAUUGAACACUAGGCUUAUGUGUACAUUCUUUGUACUGUAGGUUAAAAUGUGACUGGCUUUGCGGUAUUUUCUGCUUAUUCAUGCAAAUGUGUUUCUUUGGUGAUAUCUUUAAUGUUAAAAAAAUGUAAUAUCUAGAUUUGUUGUGUCUUAAAGUCUGUCUUGAAAUCAGACUGUUUAAUCUGGAUCGGCUGUUUUUUGCUAGAAAGUUCAAACACCAGAUAUCUACAGCAUGUGUCAGGUCGUGAUCUCGUGUUUAACAUCAUCUUUGUUCAUACAGAGUUCUUAACUUUCUAGCCUGUUCAUUUAGUUAACCACUUAAACCAAAGAUGUUUCCUUCACAGCAGAAGAUUCCCUGCCACUUGAGUGUUUAAAUGAACUCCUGCCACUUGUUUCAAGCAUCUUGUAAACAUGCAGGCAUUUCCUUUCAGAAUUUAGUAUUGUAUACAUCAAUAAAGAUUUUAUAACAUUCA